ACAGUCAAGAUGGGGCAGAAAGUCACUGGAGGGAUAAAGACCGUGGAUAUUAGGGACCCGGCUUACAGGCCGCUGAAGCACGAACUUCAGGGGCUGGACUACUGUAAGCCCACCCGGCUGGACCUCUUGCUGGACAUGCCCCCCGUCUCCCGUGAGGUCCAGCUGAUGCAUUCGUGGAACAACGACGACCGCUCACUCAACGUCUUCGUGAAGGAGGACGACAAGCUCAUAUUUCACCGGCAUCCGGUGGCCCAGAGCACAGACGCCAUCCGGGGCAAAGUGGGAUACACGCGGGGGCUCCACGUGUGGCAGAUAACGUGGGCCAUGCGGCAGCGGGGCACGCACGCCGUGGUGGGCGUGGCGACGGCGGAGGCCCCCCUGCAUUCUGUCGGGUACACGACUCUGGUCGGGAACAACCAUGAGUCCUGGGGAUGGGACCUCGGGCGGAACCGGCUGUACCACGACGGGAAGAACCAGCCGAGCAAGACGUACCCUACUUUUCUGGAGCCGGAUGAAACCUUCAUCGUGCCGGACUCUUUCUUGGUGGUGCUAGACAUGGAUGACGGGACGUUGAGCUUCAUCGUGGAUGGGCAGUACAUGGGGGUUGCCUUUCGAGGACUCAAAGGGAAGAAGCUGUACCCCGUUGUGAGUGCCGUAUGGGGCCACUGUGAAAUUAAGAUGCGAUACUUGAAUGGGCUUGACCCUGAGCCUUUGCCUCUGAUGGACCUCUGCCGGCGUUCUGUGCGCCUCGCGCUGGGCAAGGAUCGGCUGAGCGAGAUCCCCGAACUGCCGCUUCCCGAAUCCCUCAAGAGUUACCUUCUCUAUCAAUGACCCCUGUUGGGAGGACUGGCUUGCACACGAAAUCAAGUGAAGUUGGAUUGG